CUCUUGAAGGUGAACGUUCCUAAGACAAAGAAGACCUACUGCAAGUCCAAGGACUGCAAGAAGCACACCUUGCAUAAGGUCACACAAUACAAGAAGGGGAAAGAUAGCUUAGCUGCUCAGGGAAAGCGUCGUUAUGAUCGCAAGCAGUCUGGUUAUGGUGGACAAACAAAACCCGUCUUCCACAAAAAGGCAAAGACCACCAAGAAGAUUGUCUUGAGAUUGCAAUGCCAAGGUUGCAAACACGUGUCGCAGCACCCAAUCAAGAGGUGCAAGCAUUUUGAGAUUGGCGGGGACAAGAAAGGAAAAGGAACCUCUCUUUUCUAGAUUGCCUGUGAAGCAGAAUUUGAUCUUUCUCUUCUGUUCUGUUACACUUCAGAUAUUUUUGUUAUAUUGAAUGUAGUUCAGGAGUUCUGUUAUCGACUCAUGAUUAAUUAUGUGCUCUGUCAGUGAUAAUCUUAUCAGGAGAUGAAAUGAAUACUUCAAGUUUUUGAUUUAGCAGUUCUUAUAUUUUCUUGUUGAUGCAAUGAUGCUUAAGCUAUGGCAAGAAAGUUCUACUGCCC